AUGAGUCGAGGUUGCAUAGGUGGCUGUGAUCAGAUUCUUGCGGAGUUGACAGAAAUAUGUGGCACUGGCUCUCGCACAGGAAGAGCUCGUGGACCAGCUGCACAAACCAACAAUGCCCGCCAAAGUAGCACAAGACAGGUUGUUUGUAUGAACUGCCAAGAAACAGGACAUUCUUCUAAUGAUUGUCCUUCACAAAGGAAUGCCCGGCAUCGUGGAACAAACCAACAAAACGGGGAAGCCACUGUUUCAUGCAGUUCCUGUGGGAUGCCAUGUGUUUUGAGAACUGCAAAUACCGAAAAUAACAGGGGAAGAAAGUUCUACAAAUGUCAAUCACAGGACUGUAACUUUUUUGCGUGGGAGGAUAGCCUCAACACUGGCACUGGAGGAAGAAAUUUUACACGUUCGAGUAGUAUUCCACAAGCCAACCGUGGGAGAAAUGGUGGCCGUGGAUCUCGUGGUAGAGGUAGACACAAUGGAUCUCAUGCUGCUAACACGACUUUUGUGUCAGCCACUGGUGACCCUGUUAGUGGCAGAAGAUGCUUUGUGUGUGGUGAUCCAUCUCACUUUGCUAAUGUGUGCCCUAACCGUGGUGGCUAAAGCGUGUGCUCAAUGAUUCAAAUCAGCAAUAUGGAAGGAAAACUAGGUUUGGUAUCCAUAACCUUUCUGUUUUGCAUGAGUUUGGUUAAGCGAUAGUAAGGUAGUUAUGUCAUAUAUUUAAGUAUGUAAUACCAACAAUUAUUACUUAUACAGGUCCAAAAAUGCCGUUAUUAACUGUCAUUUUUUUUCCCACUAUUUAUUUGGCAAGACGAAGAGUUUGUGGGAGUGGGGCAUCAAUAUGAUCCUUGAAAUCAGCUUGGU